AUGAGGUUCAUCAAGCCAGCUUGGCUCACGCAUAGUGGAGAACAGAAAGAUUUCGAAGUAUACAGUUGUCACGUAUCGCCUGAUGGAACCAGGCUCGCCACUGCGGCUGGAGAUGGACAUGUUCGGAUCUGGUCGACGGAGGCUAUCCUCCAGGCAGGAGAUCCCAACUACACGAAACCGAAGCAACUAUGUCAUAUGAGCUACCAUUCUGGGACGAUCCAUACUGUCAGGUUCUCUCCGAACGGGCGUUGGCUGGCUUCGGGUGCUGAUGACAAGAUCAUCUGUAUCUACCAUCUUGACCAGAAUCCACCAGCGCACUCGGCGUCAUUUGGCACCAACGAACCACCACCUGUUGAAAAUUGGAAAAUCCUUAGACGUUUGAUUGGGCAUGAGAACGAUGUACAGGAUUUGGGCUGGUCCUAUGAUUCUUCGAUUAUGGUAUCAGUUGGCUUGGACUCGAAGAUUGUUGUUUGGUCAGGGCAUACAUUCGAGAAGCUGAAGGUUCUGUCCGUCCACCAGAGUCACGUAAAAGGAAUCACUUUCGACCCAGCAAACAAGUAUUUCGCAACGGCAAGCGACGACCGAACAAUCAAACUCUUCAGAUUCACAUCUCCCCAGCCAAAUGCUACCUCUUACGAUUCGCACAACAACUUUGUGCUCGAGCAUACCAUAGUCGCGCCAUUUACCUCAUCCCCCUUAACCACAUACUUUAGAAGGUGUUCAUGGUCGCCAGAUGGAAACCAUAUUGCUGCCGCGAACGCCGUCAACGGACCCGUUAGUUCAGUCGCCAUCAUCAACCGCGGAGUGUGGGAUAGUGAUAUCAAUUUGAUCGGACAUGAGGGUCCUACGGAAGUCUGCACCUUUUCUCCGCGUCUUUUCAGCAAAGCAGAAAUAAGCCCAGAGACGACCGAUAACAGCGGAUAUAGCACCCAGGCAUUGGUCACAGUAAUUGCUUGUGCCGGGCAAGACAAGACGCUUAGUGUAUGGAAUACCAGCUCAUCGAGACCAUUGGUCGUUGCUCAGGAACUAGCCGGGAAAUCUAUAUCGGAUCUUGCGUGGACCCCAAACGGACUCGCUAUUUUCGCUUCUAGUCUGGAUGGAAGCAUAGUAGCUUUAGAAUUCGAGACAGGGGAGCUGGGUUUUAUUGCUCCUUGGUCUGAGAACGAUAAAGCACUCCAGAAAUUUGGCGUCGGACGCCGUGGAGUCGGGGUGGUCGAAGAUGUGGCCGCUUUACGGCUUGAGGAGCGAAGUAAGGCAGGUGAAUUACGCGGUGCUGAGGGACGUAUGGGUGCGUUGAUGGGCGACGCAGGGUCUACGAUUGUUCCGCCCGUAGUGAAUGGCAAUGGGACUAACGGGACAUCUACCCCAAUGACUGGUGUCGUGGUCCCUGUAUUACCAUCAAAUGCGCCAGCACCACCUGUAACCAACGGUCGAUCUGCCCAAGACUCACCAGCAGCGGCAGCAACACCGCCAGCAGUCGAUCCAAGUGUUGCCAAGGUUGAAGCCAUGAAACAGCGUGUCACGAUAACGAAGGAGGGAAAGAAACGAGUUGCGCCUUUACUUGUGUCAUCGUCCGGAACGGGACUUUCGUCUCUGCCACAAUCGCAACUGAUGGCUGCUAGUUCCAGUAAGGAACAAAAUGAUGCGCCGCAAUCUAUACUAGACUUGUCGAAACCUUACGAUGGUUUGCCCAGAGGCGGUCUCGCUGCAAUGUUACUCGGUAAUAAACGAAAAGCAGUAGCUUUGGAAGAAGAUGAAAAUGAAGACCCAGCAAGCAAGAGACCCGCGCUCGGAAAUGGUCCAAUACCUAUCAUGAUCAACGGAGUCAAUGGGGUUGAACCUGCGGUUCCUUUGCCGCCAAACAAUGGCGUUAUACCUACGCCAGAGUUCCUUCGUCCAGCUGUUGUCAACCCAAUCAUGUCGGUGAGCCAGGUCAGGUUGGCCGUUCCUAAGGUUCGAACACAUAUUUUGCGCUCGCUCGAUCGAGGGACCUUACCACCACCCGCAUCUGGGGCCAACGGUACUAAUGGAGUUGAAGAGUCGACCAAAGUUACUGACGAUGUGGUGUUCGAGGCACAGAACCCUGGUGGGAAUCCUGCUCAGGUUCGAGAUCCGUCAAGAAUUAGUGCAAGCAAGAGGGGGGCCAUGCUUUGGCAAGAUUUCUUACCCAGAGCAGUCAUUCUUGUCACCGGCAACAAAAACUUUUGGGCGGCUGCUUGUGAAGAUGGAAGCAUUUACACCUGGACACCUGCAGGCCGUCGGAUAUUCAAUGCUCUUGUCCUAGAAGCUCAACCUGUCAUCAUUGAGUCCAGAGGUUGGUGGCUCCUUUGCGUUACUGCCGUUGGAAUGUGUUAUGUCUGGAACUUGAAGACACUGGCCUCGCCUCAUCCACCAGUUUCUCUUGCACCAAUACUGGAUAUCGCAAUGCACUCAUUAGGGACACAUACGACCAGCGCCCCAGGUGUUACUUCUGCGCAUCUAAACACGACUGGCCAUAUUAUCGUGACACUGAGCAACGGUGACGGUUACCUCUAUUCGCCUUCAAUGUUUGUCUGGCAACGGCUCUCUGAAGCUUGGUGGGCGGUAGGUAGUCAGUACUGGAACUCGAACGACUCAUCGAUCAGCAGUUUGCAGUCUACUGGCGUCGGGCAAGAUUCUCGGCGAGAUGGUGAGAUCAGUGCUUCUAAUAUUUCGGCGGGCAUCAUUCCACAUCUGGAACGGCACACCACCAAUGAAGUCCUUCUCAAAGGCCGAGCCUACCAUCUCCAACGGCUUAUUAAAGCGUUGUUGUCACGAGAAGGAUUUGAAAAUUUUGAGGCUGGCGUCAGUAUUGCGCACUUAGAGAAUCGUGUCGCGGCUGCUUUGCAGCUGGGGGCGCGGGAGGAGUUCCGAAUCUAUCUUUUCAUGUACGCGAAACGCCUGGGAGCUCAAGGAUUGAAGAAUAAGGUAGAGGAGCUUCUCAGGAGUAUGUUGGGUGGUAUCUUGAAGGAAUUGCCAAACGUGCCAUCUGUUGAUGCCACCGAGGUAGGUGAAGGCUGGUACAGCGAGGAUGACAAACUUUGUGGUUGGGAUAGAAAAGAGUUAUUAAAGGAAGUUGUGUUGAUUCUUGGGAAAUUUCGAGAGUUACAACGUCUCACAGUACAAUACUCUAGGGUGUUAGGGAUGGAUGACGACGAGAACGGGAUAUAA